AUUACAGCAGGUAAAGUGGGCCAUUAAUUCGCAAGGUUUGGGAAGGAAAAAGGUCUCUGCCACCAUGAAGGCGGCCUUCUUGGACAUCCUGUCUGUUGUGGUCGUCUCUGUCUGGGCUGCCUUUGCUGUUGAUUUCCCUCUUCCUGCCGCCUCCAGCGGGGAUCUCCUAGAGGAGACCAAGGUGAAGUGUAUCGAGAACAUAAACAAGUGCUGGUUUUUCUCCUACAUCAAGCCAAGUGAACCUAUAUGUGGCAGUGACCAGCUUACCUACAGUGGUGAAUGCCAUCUCUGCUUCAAAAUUCUAUAUGAAGGACUUAACACAACUAAACUAUAUGAUGGACCAUGUGUAAGUAAAAGCCACUUUUCUUUUUUU